CACUUCUCUCUCUCUCUCUCUCUCUCUCUCUCUCUCUCAGGGUCACCUGUCUGAAGGUCUGGUCACAAAGUGGUACCGUUCCCCUCGCCUCCUUCUCUCCCCUAAUAACUACACUAAAGCCAUCGAUAUGUGGGCGGCCGGCUGCAUCUUCGCAGAGAUGCUCACAGGAAAAACACUCUUCGCAGGUGCUCAUGAGCUGGAGCAGAUGCAGUUGAUCCUGGAGUCGAUCCCCGUGAUCCACGAGGAGGACAGACAGGAGCUGCAGAGCGUCAUCCCGGUGUUUAUUAAAAACGACAUGUCUUUACCGCACACUCCGCUGACUGAACUGCUGCCCGGGGUCAGCGCUGAGGCUCUGGACUUCCUGGAGAAGAUCUUGACCUUUAACCCCAUGGACCGGCUGACUGCAGAGGAGGCACUGGCUCACCCCUACAUGAGUGUGUACUCGUUCCCUCUGGACGAGCCGGUGUCCUCUCACCCCUUCCACAUCGAGGACGAGGUAGACGACAUCCUGCUCAUGGACGAGAGCCACAGCCACGUCUACAACUGGGACAGGUACCAGGAGAGUCAGCUGUCCGAUCCGGAGUGGCCUCUGCAGAGCGCGGCGGAGGUGGACGAGGUGCAGCGCGACCCGCGCGCCAUGUCCGACGACAUCGACGACGAGGAGGCGCAGCUGGACCCGCGCAAGUACGCCGAUGCCGAGAGCGAGAAGUUCCUGGACGAGCAGCCUUUCGACCAGCGGCGUGACGAGGGCGUCCACCACGAGAACAAGUACUGCGAGCUGGAGUGCGGGCACACCUGCAACUACAAGGCGGCGUCCCAGUCCUACCUGGACAACCUGAUCUGGAGGGAGAGCGAGGUGAACCACUACUACGAGCCCAAGCUGAUCAUCGACCUCUCCAACUGGAAAGAGCAGCAGAGCAAAGAGCGAGCGGACCGCAAGAGCAAGAGCAAGUGCGAGAAGAACGGCCUGGUGAAGGCUCAGCUGGACAAGGAGAAGCACCACCAACACCAUCACCAUCAACACCAUCAGGGCUUCGACUUCGACUCCUUCAUCGCCGACACCAUCCGACUCAGCCUGCAGCCCGAGAGCCGCGACAUCGGCCUCCUCAACGAGCUCAACAGCUCCGUGUCUCAGCUCAGCAAGUCGGCCAGCCAGGAGAAGGACGAGAAGUGUCAGGUGAACCUGGCUCAGCAGUGCCCGUGGGAGAGCAGCGGGAACGAGAGCUGCCUGAUCGACGAGGCGUGCUGGGACGAGCAGAAAGAUGGCGGAGGAUACGGAGGAGGCUACACCAGCUACCUCGAUCGCCUCUUCAGCAAAAAAGAGGAGGAGAACCCCUCCGUCUGCUCUCCUCUUUCCGACGCUUCCCUGGACACCGAGCCUCCGCGAGAAGAGGCCCCGCCCCGUCUCAACGGCGAGAUCGUCCUCGAGUCUCUGGGGUUCGACGCUAAAAGAUCCCUGCAGGCCCACGUCAGGUGUUCUCCUCAGAGCGCCCACAAGACCUACAGCAGCAUCCUCAAACACCUGAAUUAA